CUCGGUCCGCGUCAUCGCCGGGCCGAGAGCUCGAUUGGCCCGGGCGCUGGGGCCGUGGCUGCGUUGUCACCCGCGAUGAGCGGCCCGGGAACGAGAGCGGCUGCUUCCGCAUGGCGCCUGCGCACUGGUGUUCGGGGUCCUUUUUCAGCUUAUGGGAGAGUCAUUCCCACCAGAUUUCACAGUUCAGGAAUGACCUUAGACAAUAUUAACUGGGCAGUUGUGGAUCGGAUAAUUCGGGUGGAUCAUGCUGGCGAAUACGGAGCAAACCGCAUCUAUGCAGGGCAAAUGGCGGUGCUGGGCCGGAGCAGUGUUGGCCCUCUCAUUCAGAAAAUGUGGGAUCAAGAGAAGAAUCAUUUGAAAAAGUUCAACGAGUUAAUGGUCGCAUUCAGGGUCCGACCUACAAUUUUGAUGCCCCUGUGGAACGUGGCAGGCUUUGCACUGGGGGCGGGGACUGCCUUGCUGGGGAAGGAAGGAGCGAUGGCCUGCACCGUGGCUGUAGAGGAGUCCAUCGCUCAUCACUACAACAACCAGAUCCGCAAGCUGAUGGAGGAGGAGCCUGGGAAGUAUGAGGAACUGCUGCAGGUCAUCAAGAAGUUUCGAGAUGAAGAGCUUGAGCACCAUGACACAGGCCUGGACCACGAUGCAGAACUGGCUCCCGCAUACUCCUUGUUGAAGAGAGCUAUCCAGGCCGGAUGCAGUGCAGCAAUAUAUUUAUCAGAAAGAAUUUAAAGUAUGUCCAUUGAUCCACUUCUUGAAAAGACAGUUGUAACUUAAGUAGUGAUGCUUGUGGAGGAGACGGUGUAUAAUUAUUGCUGUGUGUAUUUUGUUAAUAAAGUACAAGAGAUGGUG